GUUGUCGCUUUAUUGAAACUCAUUCUAAGUUAGCUUCUUUAAAUACUAAUAUUUUAUCAUUACAAAAUAUUUAUCAAUCUACUUUUAUUGAAGAAGCAAAUAAUUUUGAAUUUUCAGAACAGAAUAAUAAUAAAAUUAAUAAUUUUAUUAGUAGUGAACUAUUUUAUAAUAUUGAUAAUAUUAUUUUUUCUUAA